CUCUCUCUCUCUCUCUCUGCAGCAGUUCCUCAAGUGAACUUUAAAACUUCUGAAGCUCCAGGAACCUGCGCAGGACGAUGAACGUGUGGAAUAUCAUCUGCUUUUUGUCUUUUAGUGCUGCUGUCAUUCAAUGAGAUCUGCGUGUAUUCAGUGUGUAAGGGGUCUGUUAAGGUGACAUGAUGGAGGGCUUUUGGGCUGCCGUCUUCCCUGUCCUCAGGAUUUGGUUUAACUGUUUGGUGCUCUUGAUCAUGUUACCGGCCAUGUUCGGCAUCUCUCUUGGCAUCACAGAGACUUACAUGAAGGUUCUCAUCAAAAGCCUGGAGUGGGCGACACAUAGAAUCCAGCGGGCAAGCAGAGCGGAAGAAAUACUCAAACAUUCUGCGUCCAAUGGCGGUUUAAUCCAGCGAGAUGACUCCUCGUUAGAGCAGGAGAUCGAGGAGUUGAGACGGAACAGACCGAAGCCGGCGGAGCACGGAGACUUUACUCUGAGCGAUGUGCUUUACUUUACCAGGAAAGGCAUUGAAAGCAUCGUGGAGGACGACGUCACGCAGAGAUUCACUUCAGAGGAGCUGGUGUCCUGGAAUCUUCUCACCCGAACCAACAACAACUUUCAGUACAUCUCAGUCAGACUCACUAUACUGUGGGGAGUCGGUGUGAUUGUGAGAUACUGCAUACUUCUUCCUCUGAGACUCACACUGGCAGGUAUAGGCAUAAGUUGGCUGGUGAUCGGCACGACUCUGGUGGGAUUUCUCCCUAACUGCAGGGUGAAGGGUUGGCUGAGUGAACUCGUCCACUUGAUGUGCUACAGAAUCUGUGCGAGAUCGCUGUCAGCAACCAUUCAUUACCACAAAAAACAGAACAGACCAAAGAAGGGAGGAAUUUGUGUGGCCAAUCACACUUCACCCAUUGAUGUCGUCAUUCUGGCUAAUGAUGGCUGCUAUGCCAUGGUCGGGCAGGUUCACGGUGGUUUAAUGGGUGUCAUCCAGCGGGCCAUGGAGCGCUCGUGUCCUCACAUCUGGUUUGAGAGAGCCGAGAUGAGGGACCGCCACCUGGUGACACAGAGGUUAAGAGAUCAUGUAAAUGACAAAACAAAACUCCCAAUCCUUAUAUUCCCUGAAGGAACGUGCAUCAACAAUACCUCAGUAAUGAUGUUUAAAAAGGGGAGCUUCGAAAUCGGAGGAACUAUUUACCCCUUGGCCAUAAAGUAUGACCCUCAGUUUGGAGAUGCGUUCUGGAACAGCAGCAAGUAUAACAUGGUGAGUUAUCUGCUGCGGAUGAUGACCAGCUGGGCCAUCGUGUGUAACGUCUGGUAUAUGCCUCCCAUGACACAGGAGGAGGGAGAGAAUGCCGUGCAGUUUGCCAACCGAGUGAAAUCCGCCAUUGCCCAACAAGGAGGUUUAGUGGACUUGGCCUGGGACGGAGCUCUGAAGCGAGCGCGGGUGAAGGAUUCCUUUAAAGAGCAACAGCAGAAGAUGUACAGUCACAUGGUGGUGGGAGAGGACAGUAGCGACUAAGACAGAACACAGAAGCUUGGAGGUUCUCAUCCAUCAAUCAGAGACUGUGACUGAACACCAAUGAUCAAAGGGCUUGAUAUUCUCAUCGGCCAAUCAGAGGCUUGGUAAUCCACUCACAAAUGAUUCCAGAAAAUACGCCAACGUCUGUACUACUGCUGCGAAUAUAUGCUGAAGAUAUUUUGAAAUAGGAAAAUAUAAAUAUGCAUGAACACCGAGGCUGCAAAAUAUCAGCUUUAUGCAUAACUCAAACAAGGUUCCAGUGAGAUUGUAAAAAAAUUGUUUUUUUUUGUCAGAUGUUUUUAUCCUUUAGAAACCAUCUCUGUUCUGCACACUGUACUGAAUCAAAGAGCCUAGAAGCCAAAGCACUGAUGUAAAGAACCUACAGUAUAAUGACAUCAAGAAGUCAUUUUAAUUGUAAUAAUAACUCAAGCAUGGGUGAAAAACAUGAAUGAAUAAAACUUUGUUUUUUGAGAAAUGCCGUUUUUAUGGUUUGCUUAGCUUUUGAACUAAGAGUUGUAUUUACCAGAGCAUGUGUUGGGUGAAUAAAUAAAAAAAACUUGAAAUUCAA